AUGAUUCAACUCACAGUUGGUCUGUAUCAAAGUCCGGUAUAUCUCUGUUCUGACAACAGCGUUGAUGGCCUGGUACAGCUCUCUGGGUAUGUGCGAAUGAGAACCAGCCAACCUGAGACAGUCAAUUCGCUUCAUGUGAUUUUAUCGGUCAGCGUCAAAACAAGGCGUUCACUUGGACGAAAAUGGACUUCGCCAAUGCCUAUAGCGAGUUAUGAAUCCGUCGUCAUCGAACGGGAUCGUAGGAUAGAGGCUGGUGAAUCCAGCUUUGAUUUCAGUUUACAAAUAUCAGAUCAAGUUCCACCUUCUAGAGAUACUCAAUUUGAAAAAAUAACUCAUUCACUUCACGCUAUCAUUCCCAACGAAUCACCAUCAUACGUGCGGAGACCCCUCAAAAUAAAUUGGCAGGACAGAUUACCAUUAUCGAUAUCGGUUGCAUCCUCUACCAUUCGGAAGAAGAUGUCCAGGAAAAGAGGUUCUCAAUCGUCUCAUCCCGCCAUCUUACCUGCCAAAACCAUGAAUUCGACCGAUAUUCUGGUCUGCGAAUCAUGUUUUGACUCUGAAUAUGGCCUGUCGUUCCCAUGGGAAAACCAUACUGAGAUCGAAAGUGUAGGGGCAAAGGUAUCAAUCAGUUGUGAUAGCAGUUCGAUGUUACUCGGUUCUCCCGCAAACAUUCACCUACAUUUACACGAGUUGCCACCUAGCUUGAUCGUACACGGAUGGAACAUGUCUCUUAUACAGAUAACAGAAGCUCCAAAAAGCAGUUCAGAACACACUUCAUCCCUUUCGGUUUUCAAGGAAGAGUUCUUAAUCGGGAAAGGGGGUGACCCAUGUUAUUCCCGCCUCCCCGAACGAACAGCAGCCGUACUUGGCAGACCCGAAACAGGAGCCUAUUUGUGGAAAGGUCCUAAAUCCGAUGCUGUCGAUGACGAAACGGCACGAGGAAAUGAAGCGCAUUCCUCAUCGUACGAUGGAGAUCUACCCGUUCGACUACCUUCGCCUGUUAUUGGUGGUACACCCUCGUACCUAGGCAGGGAGAACUAUUCCUCAGUGGAACAUCGCCUCCGGCUAACUCUAUUUUUUUCGGUAUUCAACCAGCCUUCACAAAGAAUUCCGUCUCCUUCGAGAGACUCACUGCCUGAGACGACUUAUAUCACCAACUGGGAUUUCGUAAGGCCAAUCAACGUCCUUUCAGAUUCAUAUUACGUUGAGAACACACCACUACCAUCUUAUUCUCGGGAUUCGAAACCGUUUUUCCACCACGAAGAGAGGACCAAGGAUUUUGACCGAGCAAAACGUUUCGACUCAAUGCUCUUACCCCGUAUACUCACGAUAGCAGAGUUCGAUGGAAGAUUCACGCGACCGGUGGCUAUGGAGCCAAAGAGGUUGAUUGAAGCCGCCGCGAACCAUUGGGAAGAGACCGGAGGCCUUUGUGCGUGCUUCGAAGAUCAUUCCCCCGAAAGCCAUAUGGACCCAACCGCAGGUCUCGUUCCGUCUCUGUUGUCAGGAGAAAAAAAUAGGAUUUGA